AUGGCUCCCAAGUCUCUUGAACUCACCCCAGACAACUAUCGCUUCUUCCGCUCCCAAACCACAAAGCCCGUCCCCAUCCCCAAGGACAUCUCCCUCUCCGACAGCACCAUCAUCAUCACCGGCGCAAACACCGGCAUUGGCUAUGGCGCCGCAGAGCAGUUCCUCGCCAUGAAGCUCAAGCGUCUCAUCAUCGCCGUCCGAAGCAUCUCCAAGGGUGAAGCCGCCGCAUCAACCCUCCGCGCCAAGCAUCCCAACGCCGAGAUCCUCGUGUGGCAGGUCGACAUGAACAUAUACAAGAGCGUACAAGACUUUGCGAAAAAGUGCGAGACGCUUGAUCGUAUUGAUCUUGUCAUUCUCAACGCUGGUAUACAAAUGACAAAGUUCGAGCUUAGUCCUGAGGGCCAUGAGGUUUCGUUCCAGGUCAACUAUCUCUCUACCGUUCUUCUCGCCACGCUGCUUCUUCCUACACUCAAGCAAAAGGCUCCAGCAGGUCAACCAGGACAUCUCACAAUCGUCAACUCGGCGACAGCUCUUAUGGCUGACUUCCCUAAUGCCAAAGACGAGAACAUCAUGGAGUUCUUCGACAAGGAAGCCUUUUUCACCGGCGGUGUGAAUCCCCUUCCUACAUAUUCUAGAACCAAGGCCCUCGCACACUUCUGGAUCGUCAAGCUGGCUGAGCGCGUCAAAGCCGAGGAUGUGAUUGUCAACCUCGUAGAUCCAGGUCUAGUCGGCGGAACUAGCUUGACACGGGGUCAGGGAAACAUCAUCAUUCAAUAUAUAUUUGCUCUUGUCAACUGGAUUGCUGCUCGGAGCAUCAAGAACGGAGCCAGUACCUUUGUGCAAGCUGGCGUUGUCAUGGGCAAGGAGACUCAUGGUUCUUAUAUCAUGGAUUGGAGGAUUCACCCUUAUACUAAGUUCUUGUACACGAAAGAGGGUAAAGCCUUUGCGGACAAGGUCUGGUAUGAGACGAACAAACUCCUGUCCUUUGCCAACGUCGAUGGCAUUCUGAACUCGCUUUGA